CCUUAUCUAAAAUUCCACAAAGCUGCUACACUGCUUUCUACCCAACCAUUUGUGUCAACCCUCUUGCACACCACCUUCUACACUACUUUUUACAUAACUUUCUACUUCCACCUAUAUUUAUACCAAGGCACCACAACUGCACCACUGCUCUAGAAGGUGAAGUGUAUUCCUACCAACCUUGCUGCAGACAACCCCAUAGGUCAGUCUUGGGACAGAAGGCACAACUGUGCCCAAAGGCCAACCAUGCCGCCACAAAGACCCCUAAGCUCAUCUAAUCCGUCAUCUUCCUUGAUGGUCUCUCAAGAUGACUACGUCCCGCCAGUCAAAUAUGACCCAAGCGUCCGUGUCAAAGCAGAGAGGGUAGAGAGCCCCACUGCCGUUGGCGAUAAUGAUGAUGAUGAUUUCGAAGAUGUCGACGAUGAGGCAGAAGGGCUUCUUGCCGAUGCUGAUGGAGUCCCUAUGUACUCUGAUGCCGACUUCAAGAUACGCCAAGUCGCAUCCCCAUUUAUCGUUCAGCGUACACUCGUGAGUCUAUAUAACUUGAGCAAGACGAAAUACCUGAAGCUGGACCCUGAGUAUCAGCGAGAUGUGGUCUGGGAUGAGACGAGGUCGUCAGGCCUAAUUGCCUCUGUCCUGCAAGGCUACUUCAUUCCCCCCAUAAUCUUCAACGUGCUUGAAGAAUGGGAGACGUCGGAUAACGGCGAAGAAGUAAUGCGACAUUGCCGGAUUUGUGUUGAUGGAAAGCAACGUCUCACGUCACUUCAGAAAUUCAUGGAGGGCAAAAUCGGGGUGUCUGACUCGUCGCAUCCACCGAAGAAGUGGUAUUUCUGCCACCCAAAGGUCGGCGGUGUUGAAAAGCAAUCAAACCACAAUAUCCUGCCGCUGAAUACAAAGAAGUUUUUCGAGUCACGAAUGUUCUGCUGCUAUGAAUACCAGAAACUGACGCCUUCUGUUGAAGAGACGAUGUUCCAGCUCGUCCAACGCGGGAUGCCACUUACCCCAGCUGAAAAGAUGCGUGCCAUGUCGACACCAUGGGCAAAUUUCGCAAAGCAGUAUGAGAGCGAUUACCCAGCCGUCCUAUCUCUAGGUAGACAGAGUAGGGCCUCGGGCUUCCGUCAGAUCAUGUCAAUAUUCUGCCAGAUCAUGGAAGUCAUGUCUCCAAGCGGCGACAAGAAAAAGAACAGAGAAGGAGCAGGAUGGAAGCCAACUUACCAAGCCACCCCAUCAAACCUUACAAAGCUUCUUAUGGAUACGCCAUCCCUAAACGAAAGCGUGAAGAGAAAGUUCAAGAGGGUUUUCGACAAAUAUGCCGAGCUCAUCGCAUCGUGCUCAGAGCCAGAUAAGGGUUCUCCCACCGGACUCGCGAUCAAGAAGGACAGUUGCUUUGCACCCGCUCCGGAGGGCCUAAGGAACAGAGGGGUCACCCAUGUCAAGACCUUUUCACCGCUCGAGGUUGUCGCCACCUCCAUCUUGCUCCUCCGCCAUAUGGACGAUAGAACUAACCAGAUGCUCCAAGGCGACAUCAUGGAAAUGCGCGUCUACCUCCGUCAGAAGAACAAAGACCUGCGGCUGAACAACACAUGCUGGGCUGAUUCCUACCAAUUCAUCGAUGUCGACUUGAUCCAGCUCCGCGGUGGAGCAGGGGCGUCGAGACGACGUGCGGCGGCUCCUGUGCCACAGGAAAACCUUCCAAUUGAAAUCGAUAGCGACACUCCCGAUAAUCAAGCGGGCCGACGCACCUCCGCACGCAGAAAUACAGAUGCGUCAUCCGCGCUGCCAAUGCGUGGAGUAGAUCAAAAUGAUGGUGUAAGGUCCACUCGGUCAGGGAGAGUGGGCAUGAGCUCCUUGACGGCUUCGAUUGCGAACGGCAGUCCGAUAAUGACGAACGGCGGGGUAUUCAGUCCGGAGCCUGGAUGGGAGGCACCGAUGGCUCCGAUGGCUCCGAUGAUACAGACGAUCAAGCCUCGGAAGCGUCUCCAUGAAUCUGAUGGCAAUGCUGCCCCUAGUAUGAGGCGUGUUCGGCCGAGAGAUUAAGGUGUUGAUCUUUUGAUCUCAGCCUGCGCUGCUGUUGGGAGUUACGAAGUUAUGAGCCACAUUCGAGCUAUGAUAUUCAUGGACUCCAAGCGCUAUAUCGCGAGCCUUCGCGCUGUCUCGCGGUCCAUUGCGCUAUCCCGCAAUCUUUCGCGAUCUUCCGCGGUUUUUCGCGGUUUUUCGCACUCCUUUCCAGUCCUGGAACAGGGUUUUCCUUUCGCCUGAUCUUUUCAGCACUCUGCAAAUAAUAAUCACAUAAAGCCAUAGACACAUACCCAAUCUACUUUCCCGCUUUUUGGUUUAGCUUUUGCAAAUCCGACAUAACCGCCUUUCUAUCUACAUACUCAGAUUACAACAAUGCAACGAUUUACGAAAACGAUUACGUUGCCAUCGGAGUCCGCCGCGAUACACAGCUUGCAUGUGCAAGACAUUUAUGCACCCUCGGGCUUUUCAUUACUUCCAUCUUUGGUUUCCCGGUUCCUCAUGCAUGUUUGCCUGGUUUUUGCUCGAAGAGAGCCGUUUGGGUGCUUGAUGGCUUGUUGCCAUGGAAUGAUCGACGUGUUGGACGCUAAUGGAGAGAGAAACGUUGCGGGUGGGGUGGAAGGAAUAG